UCGCGAGGUCUGACCCGGCUGAGGCCUGGAAAUGCAGAUUGUCCGUAGUGGCGUCCCCGUCACGUCGAUCCAUUUUUCUGCCUUCGUGACCCGCCCGCCCGCGCCACUAACCUCAAUGGCGUCAAGUCUGUGGGGAGCAAUUUGAAUUUAUCUUCCUUUUCUUUACUGACUUUGAAAUGAUGUAUGAAAUAAAUGUUAUUUUUCCUCGAACUUUUCACUUCUUUUCAAAUUUACUCUACAUGUUCGCCAAAUCACAAUGCACCUACUGCCAAGAAGACGUAACAGGACUACGUGUAAAAUGCGUCGAGUGCACUGAUUUUGAAAUAUGCCUUCAGUGUUUUGCAGCAGGUGCUGAAAUUGGACCACAUAAAAAUAAUCACCCUUAUCAAUUUAAAGACUCAGGAUCUGUCGGACUUAGUUUUGGUAAAAGUGGUUGGACAGCUAAAGAAGAACAGCACCUUCUUGAUGCUAUUGAGCAGUAUGGGUUUGGAAACUGGGAAGAUAUUAGUCGUCACAUUGAAACCAGAACUCCUGAAGAAGCUAGAGAGGAGUACAUUUCUCGCUAUUUAGAGGGUAAUGUUGGCAAAGCUACAUGGACUUCAGCUGCCAGCUCGCGCCCUCUUUUAGCAGAAGUCUCACUCCCUGAUGAAGGUCCGCUUGCUCCUGAACAAAUUAACAAGUUACCACCAUUGGACAUUACUGCUGAAGAAUGUGUUCAGUUGGGCUACAUGCCUCUCAGGGAUGAUUAUGAAAAGGAGUAUGACAAUGAUGCUGAAUCACUUGCUUCCCCACUAUCAAUUCACCCCACAGAAGAUGAUGAACUUGACAUAGCACUGAAACUUGCUCAAGUGGAUAUGUAUACUAGACGACUAAGAGAAAGGGCUAGACGCAAAAGAGUUGGCAGAGAUUACCAGCUUGUGGCAAAUUUCUUCCAGCCUACUACUCGCAAAGAGCGUCCUAUUGUGAAAAAGAAGCUGACCCGAGAGGAGAGGGAGUUCCAAGAGCACAUGCGUGUUUUAACACAAUUUCAUUCAUCUCAAGAACAUGAGCAGUUCUUGUCAGGCAUUCGACGCCAGCGUGAGCUUGAAGUUCGAAUUAAUGAGUUGAUGAGAUACCGUCGCCAUGGAAUUACUACAGUUGAGGAAUGUCAUCAUUUUGAACAGCUCAGACAAGAAGCCAGGGAUAAGCGCAGGAACUCGGACAGCUGCAAUGUGUCCCUCUCUCCUCUGUCAGCGCAGUCAAAAAGAAGAGAAAAAGGCGGCUCAUACUCAAUCAUAAAAAAAUCAACAUCUACGGGAAACGAUCGCUGCUUGUUUCCCGUGAGUCCAGAUAGCGGUGCCGAGGGUGGCGGGGACGCUGACGGCGACGACACCAUGGCAGGGGACACUCCUCAGGACGUCGCGGCCCUCCCCGGCUACCCUUUGCUUUCCAAAGAUGAGGCUAAGCUAUGUUCAUCAUUAAAUAUUACACCUAAUCAAUAUUAUGGCGCUAAAUACUCUCUUCUCGAGAUGCAUGUCAACAAGGGUAGCAAGAGAGAAAAUGGACCAACUCUAUCUCAAACGUGUACUUUGGAUGGGGAGCCAUUGAAGCAUAUAUUUAAUUACAUGGUAGAAAGUGGGUGGAUAAGUGCAGGCUAGUUUACUUUCUCUCACUCUCUCUCUUCUUGCUUCCUUUCGGCAAUAUUUCACUGCCUAAAUUUAGCAAGUGGAGAGAAAGUGUUCCAAUCAAGAAUGUUUGUAUGCAUUUUUAAAAAUAUUGUGAUCAAGCUUUCAAGCACUUAAGUAUCAGGGUCUGAUCUGUACAUUGUAACAUCCUUCAUAGUUUUUCCUCUCCCACGUUUGGUUAAAUCAACUAUAGCCUUAUUAAUUUAUGGGAUUUUGUGCUUUUAGAUCUAUUCUCCUAAUCACACAUGAUACUUGUGUCUUAUUUAUCAAGGUCUGUUGUGUUGUUAAUGGGUAGUUAGUACCCACCGCUUUCUGUUAUUGAAUUUGUUAAUAGAAUACCAAGAUUUCUAUGAAGGAAAUUGGGUGAUAGGCUUUUUGGCUGCAAUGGCAGAAUUUUUUUUUAAUUGUUUAGAGCAUUUUAGUAAAAAAGCGCGUACCUGAGCACUCACAUAAAUACCAUGUAAUGCCCUCAUGAUAUCCUUAUUGUAGCGUCAUACCCUGCACAAAGAUAUAUCUGAUUGAGUGUGUUUAUAGAGUGAAUUUUAAAGUAAAGAAAUAUCAACUUUAGUCAUUCUUUUUAAUUAAUAUAAUAUAUUUAAUGUUGUAAUUGAUUUAAGGAAACUUACUUUCCUUGCAACUGUCAAGAGACUUUAUCCUGAUAUAAAUUUUCUGGAAAAUGCCAAUUGAAAACUUUAUACAGGAAAGAAAAAAAUUUGUGUGGAAGGGCAAUAUGAGACUUUAUUCUGCAGAAACGAAAUGAUUGAAACUGUGUUCAUAAACUUUUUUUGUACCAAA